ACAGGAAAGAAUAUUUAUAGGAUUCUAGGAGUAGGUGAAUGAGUGAAUUAUUCAUCUUUUUGGUCCAUAAAUAACAAAAACUAGUCCCCCUCAACAACUUCAGACUCCACCUUCUCUCAUACAAACAUAACAAUGGCUUCUCUCCAACUCAACUUAAAACCCUUCAAAACUCCAACCCCCUUUAAACACACUUCUUCUUCUACUCCAAAAUGGGGGAAAAUUCAGUGUUCUGCAACUUCCACAAAAAAGAAAAGUUAUAACAUUACUCUGCUUCCUGGUGAUGGCAUUGGUCCUGAGGUUGUCUCUGUUGCCAAACAAGUUCUUAACUUAACAGCCUCUCUUGAAGGUAUUGAAUUCAAGUAUCAAGAGAUGCCUGUUGGUGGAGCUGCAUUGGAUUUAACUGGUGUUCCAUUACCUGAAGAAACCCUUUCAGUUGCUAAACAAUCUGAUGCCAUUCUUCUUGGAGCUAUUGGUGGGUACAAAUGGGAUGCUAAUGAGAAACAUUUGAAGCCGGAAACUGGGUUGCUUCAGCUUAGGGAAGGUCUUGGAGUAUUUGCCAAUUUGAGACCAGCUACUGUUUUGCCACAGUUAAUUGAUUCUUCCACUUUAAAAAGAGAAGUGGCUCAAGGGGUUGACCUAAUGGUUGUAAGGGAGCUUACUGGAGGUAUUUAUUUUGGAAAACCACGAGGUUUUGGUAAAAAUGAAAAUGGCGACGAGAUUGGUUUUAACACCGAGGUGUAUGCUACAUAUGAGAUAGACCGUAUUGCUCGUGUUGCUUUUGAGACUGCUCGGAAACGUAGGGGCAAACUAUGUUCCGUGGACAAAGCAAAUGUACUAGAGGCAUCGAUCUUAUGGAGAAAAAGAGUCACAAUGAUGGCCUCAGAAUACCCCGAUGUCGAGCUCACUCACAUGUAUGUUGACAAUGCAGCUAUGCAACUUAUUCGUGAUCCGAAGCAGUUCGAUACUAUUGUGACAAACAACAUCUUUGGCGAUAUUCUGUCUGAUGAGGCUUCAAUGCUUACUGGAAGUAUAGGGAUGCUUCCAUCGGCUUCAAUUGGUGACUCGGGGCCAGGACUGUAUGAACCUAUCCAUGGUUCUGCUCCCGAUAUUGCUGGGCAGGACAAGGCAAAUCCAUUAGCUACAGUGCUGAGUGUUGCGAUGCUUUUAAAAUAUGGAUUACAAGAAGAAGCUGCUGCAAAAAGAAUUGAGAAUGCAGUAUUGGAGACUCUGGAUAAAGGGUUUCGAACGGGUGAUUUAUUCUCAACGGGAAUGAGAUUGGUGGGGUGCAAGGAGAUGGGUGAAGAAGUGUUGAAGUCGAUUGAUUCUCAGCGACUCGCUGCAGUUUAGUCAUUGAAGAAAAUAUAAGAAUACUAGUUUUCAUUUUUGUAGAUUGGUGCCAGUUUACUGUGGGUGUAUCAGUAUCUUCCUCUUGGAACUGCCAAACAGUCUCAAGAGCAAAAAGUUUAUAUGUUGUCAGGACUUUUAUUUAUUUUUUGACAAGAAAAGGGCAAUUUUUAUAAAGAUAUGUCACAAAAUAGGUGACCUGAGCAAUUCAAGUUACAUGGAUGAUGGAUGUACUUACCACAACAUCCCAAAUAUAUAUUAUAGUUGAUAAAGU